AAAAAAUAAAUUGAGAAUAGUAGUCAAAAAGCUACAAUACAAUCCCACUAUCCCUCUAAAGAAUGGAAAAGCCAUAUGAACUCCUAAAGUUAAAAAGAACCUGGAAACAUUUUUAAAUUUUAGUAAAAUAAUUUUCUUUUAUACAACAAAAACAAGCCAUAAAUUCCAUUUUCAACUAACCAAAUAUAAUUGAGUUUCUUGCUCUUCUGAUUAUAGCAGUUCUUGUUGAAAAAAGAAAUCAUGGAGAGCUCAUCAUCAAAGACAGAGGCAAUGAUCAAGCCAUUGUUCUUGAAAGCUGGAAUACCUUUGGUUCUAUCUAUUGCUGGUAUUGUUUCUGCUAGGAUAAUAUCAAGAAGAAGUAUAGUUUCUGUUCAAACCAAGGUAAGUUCCUUAGAAACCAUUGGUUCUGAUCAGGAAUUUAGAGAUCAUCAAGAAAAUUUUGAUCAUGGUGUUAAUAAUAAUUCUGUAGAAGAAAAUGAAGAGCAAACUAUCACAAGUUCUAAUGAGUUUUUCAGUUCUGAAGGAGAAAUAUUAAGCUUUAAAAGAAAAAUUGAAGAGCUGCAAGAGAGAGAGAGAGACCUGGAAAUACAAUUUCUUAAAUAUCAGGAAAUGAAAAAGCAAGAAUCUGUAUUAAUUGAGAUAAAGAACAUGUUAGUAUUGGAAAGUGCUCAUGUUGAAUUCUUGGAUAGGGAAAUUUCAUUAUUUGAAGCAGAUAAAGAAAGAGUUCAUAAUCUUGUUUUAGAGUAUUUAAGAAUUCUUGAACAACUUCAAUUUGCAAAAAUGGAAAAUGGGAUUCUUCGAAGGAAAGCAAAGAGGAUUUCAAGGAAAGUGAAAGAUCAAUCGCGUGUUAUAAGAGAAAAGAACUUGAAGAUUGAAGCAACAGAAGGAGAAAUCUUGAAACUUUAUGAUGAACUAGAAACAAGAACAACUAUUAUUAAGAAAAUGGAGGAUGAAGUUAGGGAAUUGCAGGAUAUUGUCAAUCAAUUGCAGGAGGAGAAGAAUGGACUUCUGAUAAAACUAAAUGCUGCAGAAAAUUCAACAGCAAAGGUUGAUGCAGAAAGUGUAGCAAUGGAAGAUCACAAACAGAUUGUAAAUGAGAUAGAACAACUACGAAGAGACAGAGCAGCUGAAAAUGCAGAUCUUACUUAUUUAAGAUGGACUAAUGCAUGCUUAAGGCAUGAGUUGAUGAGAAGUAAUGAACAAGAACAACAAAUGGAGGAGAAAAAAGAGCAAAGUUUGGAACUUGAACUUGAUGCAGCUGGUGGGGAGAUUAGCAAUUAUGGAUUAGAGCAGAAAAGAAAUGAAUCCUUCGUUGAUGCGGGAACAAGAAGUCAAGCUCAAGGUUGUUCAAAAAGGAAAAAGUUACUUCAUAAGAUUAAAAGAUGGGUAGAAGGGAAUGAUCACCAUAUGAAAUUAAAGCCAGAUGAGAAAGAACAGCAAGAAAUCAAAUGCAUUGGAAGGUUUUCUGUUUCAGAAGAGGCAGAGCAAGAUCAUUUUAUUCAUGCAAGACGGUCUUGUUCUAGUGCUUAAUCAAGAAUUUCUUUAAUUCUGUUUAUGUUUCUUAAAUAAGAAAAAGUGUACUUUAUGCAUUCAACACCAUGAAAAUAAUUACUGUAAAUAGGUUUAACACAGUAACAUGCAGUACGUGAAACUGCUUCCUUUCUGAGGUUAAUAAUGUUAAAUGGAUCAUAUUUCUUCUAGGGCUAA